CGCAAAGGAUGGUUUUAUGAUGGCGGAGUAAAUCGAUCAAACUAGGAGUAACGAGCUGAACAGCCUCAAUGAUGGAGGUGAAAAUAAGCGAUUAAUGCUGUUACCGCCCACUGAUGCCUGAACAUAAAGACCCACCACCACCACAGGAGCAACAGUCAGCCCAAACCAGCACCAGAGGAAGGUCUGUGUGCUCCGGAGUGGACACGAUGGGAGGUGCGAUGGGACCGGUUCUACACUGGAUGCAAGAUGUCGCAGCUGUAACUCUCCUUAGAGCCCGGCGGACUUUAGUUCAGGCUGCGAUUCUUCUCUGCGUGCUUGUCCUGCUGCUAUGGGUCUCCAUCUUUCUCUAUGGCAGUUUCUACUACUCCUACAUGCCCACUGUCAGCUUCUCCACCCCUGUGCACUUCUACUACACCUCUGACUGUGACGCCUCAGAGUCAGCACUUUGCUCAUUCCCAACGGCCAACAUCUCCUUCAUGAAGAACGAGAGGGACCAGGUAAUGGCCUUUGGGCAACCAUAUCGCAUAUCUUUGGACUUGGAGAUGCCAGAGUCUCCGUCGAAUGAGCAGCUGGGCAUGUUCAUGGUCAAGAUGACGAGUUACGCCAAGAGUGGGAAGCCUGUCUCGUCUGUGGGACGAUCAACAAUGCUGCAUUAUCGCUCCAGCCUCCUGCAGACGCUGAAUACUUUACUGUUCUCUCCUCUGCUCUUGACUGGGAUUGCCGAGCAGAAGCAGCUCGUAGAAGUCGAGCUCUUCUCUGACUACAGGACAAAUGCUUAUCAACCCACUGUUGGCGCAAUCAUUGAGAUCCAGUCCAAGCGCGUGCAGAUCUACUCCUCUCAGCUUCGUAUCCAUGCUUACUUCACUGGUAUACGAUAUGUUCUGUACAACUUCCCCCUGACAUCUGCUGUGAUCGGUGUGGCCACCAACUUCGCCUUCCUCAGUGUCCUUGUACUGUUGAGCUACCUGCAGUUCGUCUGGGGUGGACUCUGGCCUCCAGAUCAAGUAAGGGUCAGGGUUAUGAUGGGGGAUAACACCCGCAUUCAGCAGAGGAGAGAGGAGGCUCGGAAGAGGAUGGAGAAAGAAAACUCGCAGAAAGAACUUUACGCUCCCAGAGUGAUCGGUUCUGUGAAUGAGGCGUCUUAUUUCCAAGCAAAUGACACCGCGGAGGAGACGUCGUCAAAGAGGCCCUCAGUAGUCCCAGAUGCCUCCGGGGCAGAUGUGUCAGACACCAAUGACGAAGGGUCCCAUGUCUCUAAAAUGCCAGAGGAGGAAGAGAGUUCAGAUGUGUUGGAUGGAUGUCUGCCGCCUCACCAGGGCGAGACAGCAAUCCGACAGAGACCUGGACCCUGGAUGAGCCUGUGAUUCAUGGGACUGUGUGUACUAACAGUACUGCAUGUACUCAUAAGCCACAUAUUAUGUAGGUGCGGAUCUUGAUAGACUCAAGCAAACCCAACUGUUUAAGUUGCCACAAACAGAUGCAUGAGUAUAUGAUAUGUGUAUUAUUUUGACUAACAGACUAGUCUUGUCUUGAUAAGUUUACUUUAUUUUCACUUUGACCUCAGCUCAUGUCUUUCUGCUUAUUGUCUGCUCAGUGGACGGACGGUCCUAGAGACACCUCUCAGUCUUAUAUUAUGUUGUUCAGUCAGUUUUAUUUAUGCCUGUAUUAGGAUGCACUUCAUUCCAGCUCUGGCUCAUCCAGAAGUUUUGUCUGUAGGGAUUUAGCAUCAGUUUAACACCCCCUCAUUUAAGUUAGUCUAACCGGACCAUGUUUUAUUGCUUUGAUGGCGGCCUUUUUUUCACAUUACAGCCAGCUUGUAGCCAAGGCACACAACCUGACAAUCUUCCCACAUUGACACACGCACAGUUUAAACAUGAGUCAAAUAGCUAGUUAUUGAAUGUAGCCGGCCUGUACUUGAAACAAAAGUAAGAUUGACCACUCACAAACAGGCCUUGUGAUCCUUUUUCUCAGAGCAAUUAGAUUUGGAAAUUUUGCCCAAAGUAGCACCUUUGUUUUAAUAACUUCCUAGAAAGAAAGUGACGUGUUGUGGGUCCAGCCUGAGGAUAUCAUUUGUUGCACUUAUUUGUUCAUUUUCAUCUUGCAAAUAGAGAAGCUCUGUUUCAGUGUAAUUGGCAAUUUCACAGCCAUGGCACAAUUAGUUAACGAUAUGACGCUUUUACUAAUUUCAGGUUCAUUCCAUCUGUUCUUUGUAUUCAGCAUCUGUUACAGUUUUGUUUAAUGUUGUGAACAUUGUAUUUAUUGUGCUUUCAUAUAACAGCAAAGCACCAAGAUAUUUUAGAUGAGUCUUUUAAGUAAUAUAUGUUUGCUAAUAUGUCUGUUACUUAAAUAUGUCUGUAUUUAAGAUUAAGGAACAUUAUAAAAAGUUAUUGUAAGUGAAGUUACUGUUUGUUUUGAGAUUGGUACUGGUUGGUAGAGCUAAUGAAGAGAAUCUCCAAGCACAGUCUCCAUAUAGUUAACCCACAGGUACAUGUAAUGGGAGGUUGGGGUUUAAGCAAGAUUAUGAAAGGGUUGUGUUGAUUUAGGAUUUGUACCAAAGAUAUAGUUCUCAUCUUUCAAUUUGUAUUCUGUCAUGCAGGUUAUCCUUGUAUUUGCCUUGAAGUUCCCUGUAUAAGUCUUAUUUAUGUGUUGACACUGCAUUAAAGAAA